AUGGAAAUCGAAACAUCCCGUGGGGUGGAAGCUGACAAGCCAGUAAAAGAUUGUCUGAAUGACCCUGCCCCUUUACUGUUCAUAUCUAUCUAUCUUCAACUGUUCAUAUCUAUCUAUCUAUCUCGCUAUCUUCAACUGUUCAUAUCUAUCUAUCUAUCUCGCUAUCUUCAACUGUUCAUAUCUAUCUAUCUAUCUAUCUCGCUAUCUUCAACUGUUCAUAUCUAUCUAUCUAUCUAUCUCGCUAUCUUCAACUGUUCAUAUCUAUCUAUCUAUCUAUCUCGCUAUCUUCAACUGUUCAUAUCUAUCUAUCUAUCUCGCUAUCUUCAACUGUUCAUAUCUAUCUAUCUAUCUCGCUAUCUUCAACUGUUCAUAUCUAUCUAUCUAUCUAUCUAUCUAUCUAUCUUCAACUGUUCAUAUCUAUCUAUCUAUCUGUCUAUCUCGCUAUCUUCAACUGUUCAUAUCUAUCUAUCUAUCUGUCUAUCUUUAUCUUCAACUGUUCAUAUCUAUCUAUCUAUCUGUCUAUCUCGCUAUCUUCAACUGUUCAUAUCUAUCUAUCUAUCUGUCUAUCUCGCUAUCUUCAACUGUUCAUAUCUAUCUAUCUAUCUGUCUAUCUCGCUAUCUUCAACUGUUCAUAUCUAUCUAUCUAUUGUUUAUAUUUAUCUGCCUUCUGCUGUUCAUAUGUAUCUUCUACGACACCUUUAA